ACUUUGAAAAUACUAGUGGAAAAUCUUCUUCCAUCCAUAUUAGCUAAAAUCUUUAUCGAAUAAGCAUUAGGAUGUACUAUAUUUACGUUAGGAGGAUUUUGUAUUUUUGGUUAUUUGGACUCGUUAUAUUCUACGGAACAAUCGCAGUAAUCCUUCAUGUAUAUAAACAUCAAUUCAAUAUACUAAUUGAUACAAAUAAUAAUAAUAAUCAAUUAAUAGGUUCAUUCUAUUCAAUACUGGCUUGUUUAAUGUUAAUUAAUGUUAGUUUGGCAAUUGGAACAUUUAAAAUUGGCAAAUGUUUCUUAAUGAUCAUCUUUAUAAUAGUUUCUUUAAUGAUCUUUAUUGGUGAAAUGUUGUUUCUGAUCAAGGUAUAUCAAUAUAGAGAGAAUGUAUUUCUUGGAUAUCAAAUGAUAGAUAAAUUUAUAAAAAAUUUAGUCAAAGUUUAUAAUACAUGCGAAAUUGGACGUUUUAUUUUAGAUCAUAUACAUAUUUACUUUGAUUGUUGUGGUUAUGAUGAAUGGCAUCGUGAAUGGAUUAAUAACACUAGACAGAUAUCAAAGAAUGAUACAAGUCAAUUAAUAAUAGAUCAUUGGGUACCAAAUUCAUGUUGUAAAAAGAUUUAUCAAAGUGAUAAAUUUUGUGGAUACGCGAUAUAUCAUACUUUUAUUAAUAAUGAUUAUUUUAUUAAGUUACGUGAAUCAUAUCAACCAAUAUAUAUACCUAAUAAAUGGUAUAUAAAGCUGAAUAAUGAUCCAUGUCCAGAAUUAAUUUAUAUUUGGUUAGGUGAGAUACCUGUGUAUUUAUUGAUGUUUGGGUUCAUGGUUAUUGUUGCACGAAUACUUUACACUAUAUAUGCUAUAUUAGAUUUUGCUAAGACAAAGAAGUAGAAUUUGUGAAAUUGAUGGACAUAAUUCUCAUAUAUAUAAUACGUGUCUUUUAGACAUUACAUAAAAAUAAAUUUGUUAAUACAAAAUCCUUUAUUUCUUGAUCGAAUGUUACAGUUUGUGGGAAAACAAAAUAAUCUCGAAUAAAUUGAGAAACUCACUAAAGACAUUAAAGAAUGGUUGCUCAAUUUCUUGGA